AUGGUGCCCCUGAACGGCGGUUUCCUCGUGAAGACGCUCGUCGUUUCCAUCGAACCUCUCAUCUUGAGAAAGAUGAAAUUAUUGGCGUGUUCUCUGAAUAUUGUUUGUCUUUAUUGGGCUAAGAUUCGACCUUCACCGACUAUUGCUCGGUUCAUUGGAGCCAUGAGCUAUGGACAAAUGAACACAGAAAAAAGGCGAGAGCCAGAGGUAAUAACUCCGCAAAAGCGCCACAUUCCGCCCAGUGCUGCCUCCAGUGGCAAUGAAAUUGCAGCAUCACAUCUCGCCUAUUGUCCCCAACACGCAUGCCUCUGGAUUACUGACGCCCAUCCUCGCAGCAUCUCGAACUUUGGCGUCGGUGUCGUCCUGCGCUCCGAAGACUCUGCCAUCAAGCCCGGCGAUCACGUCUACUCGGGCGACAUCCUCUUCCAGGAGUACUUUGUUGCUACCGACGCCAGCCUAUUUCAAGUUCUGGAGAACAAGGAGAAUCUGCCGUGGUCCGUCUACGUCGGAGUAUGUGGUAUGCCUGGCCAGACGGCACACCAUGGGUGGAGGGAGUUUGCGCAUGCACCAAAGGGCAAAGUCGCCUUCGUUAGUUCUGGUGCAGGUCCAGUAGGAGCGACGGUCAUCCAGCUUGCCAAGCAGGACGGCCUCAAGAACUUGGUGCUCAUCGUGGUCAAGGAGCUCCAGAUCCUUGGCUUCCUUUCGUCAUCUCUACAAACGAAGCACCUUGCGAACUUCUACCGCGAGAUCCCGCCAGCGGUCGCGCGCGGGGAGAUCAAGUAUUUUGAGGACCGCCGGCUCGGGCUGGAGAAUGUAGGGGAGACGAUUUUGGAUAUGUUGACGGGCCAGAUAAAGGGGAAGAGCGUGAUUGUAGUCUCUCAGAAAUAA